AUGAUGAUGAACUCGACACACGUCUCAUAUUUCACACUCGCUUCUUACUUUGACACGGGGACUGUUAAAUACUUAUAUUUUCUGAUUGUUCUGACUUUUUACUUUUCAAUAAUUUGUGCUAAUGUAUUUCUCAUCGUGGUUAUCUGUAUGAACAGGAGCUUACAUGAACCUAUGUACAUGUUCCUGUGCAGUCUGUUUGUAAAUGAACUGUAUGGUAGUUCAGGGUUGUUUCCGUUCCUUCUGACUCAGAUUCUCUCUGACAUUCACACUGUUCCUGCUUCUCUUUGCUUCCUGCAGAUCUUCUGUUUGUAUUCUUAUGGGGGUGUAGAGUUUUUGACUUUAGCCAUCAUGUCUUAUGACAGAUAUCUUGCUAUCUGCUGUCCUCUACAGUAUAACAGUCUUAUGACAUGUGAUAGGAUUGCCAGGCUCACUGCUCUCAUCUGGUUCUACCCUCUUCUCAUCAAUCUGUUCAUCGUGGCUGGUCUGACCUUCCCUCUGCAGCUGUGUGGGAACAUCAUUCACAAAGUGUACUGUGACAACUACUAUGUGGUCAGACUGGCCUGCUCCGACACCACAGUCAACAACAUCUUUGGCCUUGUUCACAUGUUUACAGUAAUCUUUGGUCUCAUAGUUUUAAUUAUUUACACGUACAUGAGGAUCCUUAUAGUGUGUUUCUCUGGCUCUAAGCAGACGAGACAGAAAGCUGUCAGUACCUGCACACCUCACCUCGCUUCUCUGCUCAAUUUCUCUUUCGGAUGUUUCUUUGAAAUAGUGCAGAGCAGGUUUGACAUUCAGAACAGAUUACCUAACAUGGUGAGUGUUUUCCUGUCGUUGUACUGGCUCACAUGCCAGCCGCUCGUCAACCCUUUACUGUACGGCCUGAAAAUGUCCAAAAUACGCGAUGUAUACAAAAACCUACUUUCUGGGGAGAAAAUGUAA